UCCCCUUCUAGAAUGGCAGAGUUUUGGUCUUGUGUUGAAAAGGAGGGCAUUACAUGUAGACUUAAACCUUGUUUGGAUGUGUCUACCCGUUGGAACUAUACAUAUUUUAUGUUGGAGAGGGCUUUAACUUAUCAAAAGGCUUUUGAUCGUUUAUUUGAUGACCCGUCCUUCAAAUUAAAUGUAAGAGAGGAGGAGAUUGAUGAGGCGUUUGAUGAUGUUGAUGGUUUUGAGGGUAUGGGUAGGAUAAUUGAAAUUGAGAAAAGAAAGAAAAAGAGAGGGAGAGGGCGGAAGGAAAAUGUUGGGCCUCCAACUUCAAGUGAUUGGGAAAAAAUCAAGUUGUAUGUAAAGUUUCUUCGAGUGUUUUACCUUGCAACUUUGAAAUUUUUGGAUUCUUUGUAUGUCACGUGCAAUAUUUUUUUUGAUGAAAUGGUGUUGAUUCAACAAGAUAUUGUGAAGUUGUGUGAAACCGAUGAUAGUGAAUUGCAUGAUAUGGCACUUGGUAUGCGUGAGAAGUUUGAUAGGUAUUGGGGAGAUUUUGAUAAGAUUAAUCAAAUGUUGAUGUUUGCGGUUGUUCUUGACCCUCGAUGCAAAAUUGGGUUUUUUGAAUAUUGCUUUCGAAAUACUUUGGGAUAUGAUAAGACGGUGGUUGGUGAGUUGACGGAUAAUAUAACAAAUGGAAUUACCCGUUUAUUUGAAUGGUAUGUGAAGAAUAAUGCAAACUCGAAUGUGCGUAGCCAAGAGGUUGGGGGGUCAUCGGACAAAGGAGAUUUGGAUGGAGUUGAAAUGGAGAUUGGUAGUCACAAAUCUUUGAAAUCUCAAUUUAAGAUGCACAUGCAAAAGGAAACUAACAUGGCAUGCAAAUCUGAAUUGGAAAAGUAUCUUGUGGAAGCAAGUGAGGAUGAUGGUGACAAAUUUGAUGUAUUGCGUUGGUGGAAGUUAAACUCCUCUAAGUAUCCAAUUGUUUCUCAAAUGGCACGAGAUGUGCUAGCUAUCCCUGUGUCCACGGUUGCCUCCGAAUCCGCUUUUAGCACGGGCGGACGUGUGAUUGAUCCUUAUCGAAGUUCUCUCUCUCCGAAGACCGUGGAAGCUCUUAUUUGUACGCAACAAUGGAUAAGGAAACCAACUAAAAUCAAUAUAAAAGAACAACUUGAUGAGUUGGAGCAAUUAGAUUCGGUUGUCUUGGAAUCAAUUGAUAACGAUUAAGGAGUUGGUGGCAACCGUUGCAUGCUACAAUUGUUUUUUCAUGGUUGAGAUUGUUGGCAACUUGGCGUAUUUUGAAGUAUGGUGGUGCAGUUUUCAAGCUGGGGAUGGUUCUAUAUUCUGCUAGUUCUGCAAUCUGCUGGUUGACUUGUUUUGCAUUUGGUAG